AUGGGCUGGAGGAUUCAAUGGAGGCCCUUGAGCACUACAUUGGAUGCUAUCAUGCUUUUAUUAUCUCUUACUCAUAUCGUCGUGGGUCAAAUAAGUUGUUGCUGUUGGGUUGUCACUGAUGUCACAAUUGAAAUUAUUAUUUUCACAAAUAUUUCAACGAAGCAUGUUGAUGGCUUGAUAGGAAUGGAAACAUGGGAGCAAGGUGCAACUGAUGACACGAGACAUACAUUGCACUGCAUUGUCCCCACAUCCACUCCAUACAAACAACUUACAGCCAUCGUGUCGCCGUCAUCAUUUAAACAAUAUUUUCAUUUCUACGGAUGA